CUUCAGUGGGCUUUUCACUACCUUUAGUUAGUUGCACUAGGCUGGUUGCUAUUUACUUUGCAUGGUUGACUGCUCUCUUCCCACAUUGUGUGCCAGGAAGGGCACUGCACCUUGGUACAAACACUGCUGGGCACCUUUCUGUUUUCCUUCUUUGCUUCAUCCUAUACAAGUAUGCAGUACACUCUUGGGUUGUUUCAUGAGCCCUGGGGGCACGUUGGAAGGAACUGAGAGAAAGAGCAACAAAGCGGCGAGUGGUGUGACAGGGCAGCAUGCACUGUGGGUCUUUUUGCCAUUCCUCCAGGACAUCCACCGUAAGGAAAGGAGACCCUGGACCAACAUUCUCUAAGAUGUUUAUAUGGACCAGUGGCCGGACCUCUUCAUCUUAUAGACAUGAUGAAAAAAGAAAUAUUUACCAGAAAAUCAGAGACCAUGACCUCCUGGACAAAAGGAAAACAGUCACAGCACUGAAGGCAGGAGAGGACCGAGCCAUUCUCCUGGGACUGGCCAUGAUGGUGUGCUCCAUCAUGAUGUACUUUCUGCUGGGAAUCACACUCCUGCGCUCAUACAUGCAAAGCGUGUGGACUGAAGAGUCUCAAUGCACCUUGCUGAAUGCAUCCAUCACGGAAACAUUUAAUUGCUCCUUCAGCUGCGGUCCAGACUGCUGGAAACUCUCUCAGUACCCCUGCCUCCAGGUGUACGUUAACCUGACUUCUUCCGGGGAAAAGCUCCUCCUCUACCACACAGAAGAGACAAUAAAAAUCAAUCAGAAGUGCUCCUAUAUACCUAAGUGUGGAAAAAAUUUUGAAGAAUCCAUGUCCCUGGUGAAUGUUGUCAUGGAAAACUUCAGGAAGUAUCAACACUUUUCCUGCUAUUCUGACCCAGAAGGAAACCAGAAGAGCGUUAUCCUAACCAAACUCUACAGUUCCAACGUGCUGUUCCAUUCACUCUUCUGGCCAACCUGUAUGAUGGCUGGAGGUGUGGCAAUUGUUGCCAUGGUGAAACUUACACAGUACCUCUCCCUACUCUGUGAGAGGAUCCAACGGAUCAAUAGAUAAAUGCAAAAGUGGAUAAAAUAAUUUCUUUUAAAGCUCAAAUACUGUUUUCUUCCAUUCUUCACCAAAGAACCUUAAGUUUGUAAUGUGCAGUCUGUUAUGAGUUCCCUAAUAUAUUCUUAUAUGUAGAGCAAUAAUGCAAAAGCUGUUCUAUAUGCAAACAUAAUGUCUUUAUUAUUCAAGAGAAUAAAUAACUGUUUUGUGUUGGUUGGUGGUUUUCAUAAUCUCAUUUCUGUACUGGAACUAGUACUUUCUUCUCUCAUUCUGCCAAAAUAGGGCUCAGUUAUUCAUUUGCCAAGCUUUGUGGAGGAAUGUAGGUGACAUCAAUGUGAAAAAGUCUGUGUUCUGAGUUGUCAGAUCUCUUGAAGACAAUAUUUUUCAUCACUCAUUGUUUACUAAAGCUACAGCCAAAAAUAUUUUUCUUUUCUUAUUCUAAACUGAGCCCUAUAGCAAGAGAAAGGACCAGACUUCCUAAUUAAAGGAAGUUAGGUACUUUCCUUGUAUUUUUUACCAUAUCACUGUAAAGAAGAGGGGAAACCCAGCCAGCUACUUUUUUUCAUCACUUUUUAUUCAUAACUUCAGAUUUUUAAAACUGAUUUCCAAAAUACAAGCUGUUUUCAUUAGCCAAUUCUAUAAUAUCUUCCUGUGAUUUAUGUAGAAAAUGAACAGACCCCUUUUCCAUUUAAGACCCUUCUACUGUGUGAAGAGAUGAUAUCUACAAGGAGUAUCAUUACCUGUGAGUUGACUGAAUGUUGGUAGGUGCUCCAUUACAAUCCAGAAAAGCCUGUGUUACUGAUAGUUUGUGGAAAUCUUUAUUUCAUUUCAAUUUACCUGUUAGAUGGUAAAAUUAAGAUGCUACUUGCUGGUAAAAAUUGGUGGACUGGUUUCAAUGGGUAAAUCUGUUGUAGCAAAUUAAUGUGUUGGAAUAUUGCUCUUUGGGAAUUUGUGUUUAAUUUAAUGAAUGUGUAGUAUCUCCUUCUGACAAGUGUUCCCUAUUGGAAUUUUAAAGCUAUGUGCACAGAAUACUAGUCUCUUCUACAUGUUUUAUUUUUCUAUUUACAACUCCCUUUUUUGUUGUUAUAUUUUAUACACAGAAUAGAUCUUUUUUCUAACACACAUUUGAACUGAAUAACAGACUUAAAGAAAGCCUUUGUUCACAUUACUAUUUACUUAUUGUGUUUGGGGGAAAAUAUGAGGGAUUGAUUUUAAAUAAAAAGCAUUCCAUCUUUCAUUUAAUAUCAAUAUCAAAAGAAGAAGACAAACAUCUAUCUUUCUCAUCUAUAUUUAAGUACCUUUUUGUAAUGUAGUAUCAAAGUAUUUUAGGUAUUGCAAAAUUUUACAAAUCAUUUGUGGAAUGAAUGGUAAAACUAAUCUGAUGAAGUGGAAAAUUAUUCUGCAAUAUUGUAAUUCAUAGUUUGACUUUUCAUAAGCAAAUAAAUCCUUAGGAUGUAAUCAGGACUUCAAAUGUGUAAUUAAAUUUUCUUUUAAAAAAUCUAUUAAAUUGCAAGAUUUGAAUACUUCUUGCAUUCUGAGCUGACCAGCCCAUGUUAGUCCAAAAAUUUGUAUUUCACUACCUUUAAAAAUAUUUUGAGUGAUGACAAAGAAAGUUUCUUUUUUUUAACACCCAAACACAUACACAUAAUGUUGUGACCAUUUGAAAAAUAGGAUGAAAAAUUCUUUUAUUUCUACUCUACUUUAAAACAUAUAAUUCUGAAGAUACUAAAGAAUUACUUGAGACUAUAGAGCUGAAAAUGUGCAGUCUUUAAUGUUUUUUAGGCUUCCCUUCAAGUGAUCCAAGGGUGAAAUAUAUGUGAGUGAAAUUAUCAGAUGGGUUAUUUUAUUUUUACUUAACUCUGAAUUUUUAUUAAAAAUUCCCAAAUAAUGUUUAAGAUAACAAUGUACAAAUUUUUAAAUAAUGACACCAAAAAGAUUAACUGGUGCCUUCUAGAAUCCCAAUACAGCAACAGCCCCUUCAAGAAAUUUAGAUAUAUACACAAUUAAUGCUCAUUAUUAAAAGAGAAAGACCUGGGACUAAUGAUGUUUUAAAUGCUUUGCACAUGUUAACUAAUUCAAUCAUUUAACAACUCUAUUGGAGGAGGUAUUAUUAUUAUCUCAUUCUACAGAUGAGAAUGUUGAAGCUAAGAGAUGUUAAAGAAUUUCCCCAAGGCUAUACACAUACUAAGAUGGUGAAGAUGUAAGAAAAUAAUCUGUAACUUCCCUGCUAUGGUGACCAUUUCCAUGACUUUGGCAUCUUUUAGAUAACACUGGGGGAAUCUGAGGCUUUGAAAAAAUUAUAGGAGUGAAGAAAAAGCAUUGAACUGGAAGUCAAAGACUUCACUGGAGAUAUGGUGACCAGAUGACUUUAAAGUUCUCAAUUAGUCUUUUGACUCCUUUGACUGUAAAAUUAGGAGAUGAGGUCAGCUGAUCAUCAAGGUACCUUUUAACACAAACAUUCCAUCCUAGGUAUGUGGAAGGAGGAAUGAAUACCAUUUGCUAACCUUUGGAGCACAGGUCUGAUCCUCAAACAGAAUCUGUAUAUAUUAAUCUAUGGAUUAAAAAACAGCUUUUCUAUUGA